AUGGAUCUAAAUGAAGUUCAUCCGUACGUGCAAACGCCACAAAACUCGGAGUAUCCUUUACAACUCGCACCUAGAAAUUGGCCAGAGUCCCCUUCCAAUCAAAUGUCGCGGUUAAGUAAUUGGAAUACAAAUUCAGGUUAUCCAUUGAAUUCCCAAUCGAACAUGAUGGGUCAACCACAAUACAGACCAGCAGAUCAAAAUCAAUUGGCCCGAAUGCAUGCAUGGGGGGAUUCAACUAUGGGUAAACCUAAUGAAAUAAAUAAGCCCACAAAUGCAAACUCAGCUUUGACCUGUCAAAACUUACUGGCAAAAGUGACUUCAUCAAAAAUGCUUUUCUUAAUGGCUGGAUUUAUUGUGUGUGGCAUACCAUUAGCUGUUUUUCUAACACUCUGGGCGAGCAGCCGCUCAACAUCGGCAACAACAACAACAAGUUCGAUUGUAACAACUGCAACAGUUUCAGUUUCUUUACCAAUACAAUGCUAUACUUAUUCAACUCUCACUGAAGUGUAUCGAAAUUAUCAGAAUGGUUAUGCCUGUUGUUGGUCCCCAUAUGAUACCUCGCCAUCUUUAACCCCUGGUUGGUAUCGUUUUACAGGAUCUGCAGGUUCAUCAAUUCUUACGACCCCUGUAUUAACCACAAAUACUUGUGGUACUAGUUAUCCUGGCUAUUUCAAUGGAACGCUACCGUCUACAGUUGGUGCAUCAGUAACAGGAACUGCUUGCUUUUUUACAGGAACUCCUUGUGGUUAUUCAUUAGCACCCAUAACAGCUGUCAACUGCAGUGGCUAUUAUAUUUUUUAUCUAUUGCCAGUGGUUAAUUCAAACUAUAGAUACUGUUCGACAACCUAA